AUGACGCAGGUGCUCGAGUACCCCACGCUGGUGGAGCUCCACCAGCGACUCACAAAGGUGCUGAACGACAUGUACGGGCCGCACCACGGUGCCGGCGGGCCGUCGUCGUUUAGGGGAGGCCUGCGCGGCGAUCACCACCACCACCACCACCAAAGCCACCACAACCAGCAUCAGCAGCACCACCACAACCAGCAUCAGCAGCAUCACCACAACCAGCAGCAUCACGGCCGUGGUGGCGGCAGGGGCUUCGGCGGCAACUUCCUGUCGGACCGUCGCCGCUUCGACAACUAUAGAGACGGCGCCGCGAACGACGAGGGCGCACGUUACACACAGCGCGGUGGCGGCGGUGGGAGGUUCCGCGGCGGUAGCGCCGACAUCCCGCGGCCCUCGUCGCACCGCAACAACGACAGCCGCAACGGCAGCCGCAGAAACGACAACCGCAGCAGUGACAACAACGGCUCCGAAGGGCGAAAGUGGCCACUGAAGGCGGCGGAGGAAGCGGCUCCGGCGGAGGGCGAGGAGCGGCAGCGCAAGGCCGGCAAUCACCGCCGUGACCGGCGCCGCCCCAAUCAGAACGGCGGGGCCAAGCAGUAG